UAACAAAAUAACGUUUCUUUCCCGCUCGUUUGUGGGUGUGUGUGUGUAUGCAUCUGUGUAUCGAUAUGAAACAGCAAUUCUUUGAGCUCGGAGAGCUCAAAAAAACAUGAACAAUCAUGUUUUCAAGCUCUCUGAACUAUUUACACAAUAAGAUACAUUCGAAUCAAGAUAUGAAAGGGAAUGCGCGCGCACUUGCGCGCGAAACAUGGAUUCGAGUUGAGUUAAAAACAAACAAGAUAAAAAUAUAAAUGAAUAGGGCUAAGUUAUAAUGAACAGUGGAAUUUCUCUACUCAUGAAUUUUGAGAAAUGAAUGUUUAGAGUUGAAAAAUAUAAUUUUAAUAAAAAAUAAGAAUUUUUUUAAAUCAAGCGCGCUGUUGGCCAUUGAGUUAUAAGUAACAAGUCCGAAGACUUGAGAAGAGUCAGUAUGGUAGAAUAAAAAUAAAAAUAAUCAGCAAAUAACCCACGAAAUUUUGCGUCGUCACAGCAAUAGUUUAGUAGCAGGCGUUGUCUGCACUAUACUACGAAAUGAUGCCAGUUGGUCGCCAAUAUUUAGAGAGAGACCUUCAGUCGUUCGCGGUUCUAGUAUAAAGUUUACGUUCAGAGCACAUUCACGACGCACAUCCUUUGCACAAUGUCUAAACCUGUGAAUCAGGCUUUGCAUACCGUAGCUACAGGUAUCAGUAAAUUUUCGUCUGAAUUUUACAAGUCUUUGGCGGAAGAUGAAACAUCAAAUUUUAUCUGUUCGCCACUCAGUGUGUCAAUGGUAUUAUCUAUGGUUACUUUUGGGGCACGCGGACAGACUGAAAAAGAACUGCGUAGUGCAUUGAGAUUGUCUGAAGAUGAUCAAAUCAAUAAAAAUGGGCUCCAAUCACUUAUUGAUACUUUGAAUGCCGUUGAAAAAGUUGAGCUCCGUUUAGCCAAUAAGAUUUACAUCAACAUAGGACUUGACGUUAAAUCUGAGUUCAAAGUUUUAACGGAAACUACAUUUCGAUCUGUAUCAGAGACAAUUGAUUUCGGAAAAACAGUAGAGGCCAGCAAGACCAUCAAUAGUUGGUGUGAAGAAAAAACUAACAAUCGUAUAAAAGAUCUCGUGAAACCAGCUGAUUUGAAUGGCGUAGUGAUGGUUAUGGUGAAUGCUGUUUAUUUCAAAGGACAUUGGGAAGAGAAAUUUGAUCCUGAUUUAACUGAACUUAGACCAUUCCAUAUUGACGAGAAUACUACGAAAGAUGUACCAAUGAUGCGCAAAGAAGCUUAUUAUAAUAUUAAUAGACUUCCAGAGCUUGAGGCUUAUUGUAUUGAGCUGCCUUACAAAAGUAAUAACUCAAGUGAUUCCAUCAGUAUGUUUAUCAUUUUCCCGACUGAAAUUAACGGUUUGAAGAAAAUUGAAAGUAAUUUCCAUGAAAUCAACUUCAAAAAUCUUCACAACCAACACAUAAUGGAUAUUGUAUUAAUGCUCCCGAAAUUUAAAGUUGAGAGUAAAUUUGCGCUUAAAAGUACUCUUUCUAAAAUGGGAGUAGAAGAAAUUUUUGAAGAUUCUGCUGAUUUUCGAGGUAUUUCCGAAACUGCACCACUGAAAGUUAGUAGAGUUAUUCAAAAAGCUUUCAUCGAAGUAAACGAAGAAGGAAGUGAAGCUGCAGCCGUAACUGGUAUCAGUAAAUUUUCGACUGAAUUUUACAAGGCUUUGGCGGAAGAUGAAACGUCAAAUUUUAUCUGUUCGCCACUCAGUGUGUCAAUGGUAUUAUCUAUGGUUACUUUUGGGGCACGCGGACAGACUGAAAAAAAACUGCGUAGUACAUUAAGAUUGUCUGAAGAUAAUCAAAUCAAUAAAAAUGGGUUCCAAUCACUUAUUGAUACUUUGAAUGCAAUUAAAAAAGUUGAGCUCCGUUUAGCCAAUAAGAUUUACUUCAACGUAGGACUUGACGUUAAAUCUGAGUUCAAAGUUUUAACGGAAACUACAUUUCGAUCUGUAUCAGAGACAAUUGAUUUCGGAAAAACAGUAGAGGCCAGCAAGACCAUCAAUAGUUGGUGUGAAGAAAAGACUAACAAUCGUAUAAAGGAUGUCAUACAACCAGAUGAUUUGUCAGGCGCGGAUAUGGUUUUGGUGAAUGCUGUUUAUUUCAAAGGACAUUGGAAAGACAAAUUUGAUCCUAAUUCAACUACACUUAGACGAUUUCAUAUUGACGAAAAUACUACGAAAGAUGUACCAAUGAUGCGCAAAAAAGCUUAUUACAAUAUUAAUAGACUUCCAGAGCUUGAGGCUUAUUGUAUUGAGCUGCCUUACAAAAGUAAUAAUUCAAGUGAUUCUAUCAGUAUGUUUAUCAUUUUUCCAACUGAAAUUAACGGUUUGAAGAAAAUUGAAAGUAAUUUUCAUGAAAUUAACUUCAAAAAUCUUCACAACCAACACAUUAUGGAAAUUAUAUUAACGCUUCCGAAAUUUAAAGUUGAAAGUAAAUUCGGGCUUGAAAGUACUCUUUCUAAAAUGGGAGUAAAAGAAAUUUUUGAAAAUUCUGCUGAUUUUCGAGGUAUAUCCGAAACUGCACAACUUAAAGUUAGUAAAGUAAUUCAAAAAGCUUUUAUCGAAGUGAACGAAGAAGGAAGUGAAGCUGCAGCCGCAACUAAUAUGGACAUUUUGAUGUGCCUACCAAGGAAAUUCAUCGUGGAUAAACCAUUUAUUGUUGCUAUUGUGGCAACUGAAACUGGAACGCAACUAUUCAACGCCCGUGUCGUCGAUCCCAGUCAAAAUUGA